AUGUCCUGCUGCCCCGGCUUGGAGGGAAGCCAUGCAGGAGAACGAAAUGCCCUGGAGACGAAACCCUCCAAGAAGCACAAAUUGCACAAAAGAGCCCCACGUCUCACGUGCAGCCAAUGGACCUCGUGCUGCCGCCAGGAAUCAGAGUCGUGGUUUCACGCGCAGCCCCCGGCGGCUCCCAUCGGAGCUACUGCAACUGCACACAAAGUGAGCAUCUUGUCAACCUUCCUGGCUCCCUUCAAGUACCUCAGUCCUGGCACCGCGAACACAGAGGAUGAAGACACCCUGAGUACCAGCAGCGCGGAGGUGAAGGAAAACCGCAACGUGGGCAACCUGGGCGCGAGGCCGCUGCCCGCCGGGGACCGAGCGCCCGGCGCCAAACGGAAACGGCCCCUGGAGGAAGGGAACGGCGCCCACCUCUGCAAGCUGCAGCUGCUCUGGAAGAAGCUGUCGUGGUCCGUGACGCCCAAGAACGCGCUGGUCCAGCUGCACGAGCUGAAGCCGGGCCUGCAGUACCGGACGGUGUCGCAGACGGGCCCGGUGCACGCCCCGGUCUUCGCCGUGGCGGUGGAGGUGAACGGGCUCACGUUCGAGGGCACCGGCCCCACCAAGAAGAAGGCCAAGAUGCGCGCGGCCGAGCUGGCGCUCAAGUCCUUCGUGCAGUUCCCCAACGCCUGCCAGGCCCACCUGACCAUGGGCUGCCCGAGCCCCAGCACGGACUUCACGUCCGACCAGGCCGACUUCCCGGACACGCUCUUCAAGGAGUUCGAGCCGUCGGCGCCGCGCCAGGGCCUGCCGGGCGGCCGCCCCGGGGACGCGGAGCUGCUGUCCUCGGCCUACCGGCGCGGGCGGCUGCUGUGCCGCGCGCUGGACCUCGUGGGCCCCGCGCCCGGCCCCGCGGGCGAGCGCAACCCGGUGGUGCUGCUGAACCAGCUCCGCGCCGGCCUGCGCUACGUGUGCCUGGCGGAGCCGGCCCGGCCGCGCGCGCGCAGCUUCGUCAUGGCCGUGAGCGUGGACGGCAGGACGUUCGAGGGCUCGGGGCGCAGCAAGAAGGUGGCCAAGGGCCAGGCGGCGCAGGCCGCCCUGCAGGCGCUCUUCGACAUCCGACUGCCGGGCCACCCCGCCAGCAGGAGUAAAAGUCACCUCUUGCCGCAGGAAUUCGCCGACUCUGUGUCCCAGCUGGUCACGCAGAAGUUCCGUGAGGUGACAACCGCCCUGACGUCCGUGCACGCCCGCCACAAAGCGCUGGCCGGAAUCGUCAUGACCAAAGGCUUGGACGUGCGGCAGGCGCAGGUCGUGGUGCUGUCCUCGGGCACCAAGUGCAUCAGCGGGGACCACAUCAGCGACCAGGGGCUGGUGGUCAACGACUGCCACGCCGAGGUGGUGGCCAGGAGGGCCUUCCUGCACUUCCUGUACGCCCAGCUGGAGCUGCACCUCAGCAAGCGGCGGGAGGACGCGGAGCGCUCCGUCUUCGUGCGCGCCAAGGAGGGCGGCUACCGGCUGCGCGACAACGUCCUCUUCCACCUGUACGUGAGCACCUCGCCCUGCGGCGACGCGAGACUCCACUCCCCGUACGAGAUCGCCACAGACCUGAACAGCAGCAAACACAUCGUCAGGAAGUUCCGAGGGCACCUGCGCACCAAGAUCGAGUCCGGGGAAGGGACGGUCCCCGUGCGGGGCCCCAGCGCGGUCCAGACCUGGGACGGCGUCCUGCUGGGGGAGCAGCUGGUCACCAUGUCCUGCACCGACAAGAUCGCCAGGUGGAACGUGCUGGGCCUGCAGGGCGCCCUCCUGUCGCACCUCAUCGAGCCCGUGUACCUGCACAGCGUGGUCGUGGGGAGCCUGCGCCACACCGGGCACCUCUCCCGGGUCCUGAGCCACCGCACGGAGGACAUCGGUCAGCUGCCCGCCUCGUACCGGCACAACCGGCCUCUCCUCAGUGGCGUGAGCGAGGCCGAGGGGCGCCAGCCCGGGAAGUCCCCGCACUUCAGCGUGAACUGGGUCGUGGGCAGCGUGGAGCUGGAGAUCGUUAAUGCCACCACCGGGCGGAGGAGCUGCGGGGGCUCGUCCAGGCUCUGCAAACACGUGUUCUCCGCGCGGUGGGCGCGGCUGUACGGCAGGCUGAGCACACGGGCCCCGAGCCACGGGGACACGCCGAGCACGUACGGCGAGGCCAAGCUGGGCGCGCGCACCUACCAGGCCGUGAAACAGCAGCUGUUCGAGGCGUUCCAGAAGGCCGGUCUGGGCACCUGGGUGCGGAAGCCGCCGGAGCAGGACCAGUUUCUACUGACUCUCUGA